AUGAAGUACUUCACCCUCGCCACGGCCUUCAGCAUAGCGACUCUUUUCGAAGGUACCAUUCAAGACUGUUCACAAUGUCCAUCAGAUCAGCCUACCAUAUCUGCACCUCAUCGAAAUAUCUGGCGCCCACUGUCUGCUGACGAGCAGAUUGCUGUCUCCGAAAUUGUCACUCAAAAGCUACGUGUGAAUCCUAAUCCGGCACCAAAGUUAGGUGUAGGCGGCAUCACCCUGCUUCAACCGAACAAGUCCGUUUCUCUGCAAUUCAUCGACGGUCUUGGAAAUGAACCAAGCCGCUUCGCCCGCGCUACUGUAUUGUUUACUUCACACGAAGGGCCUUACCGUCAAGAAUACGUCGUGGGGCCACUACCGGCUACUAAUUCGACACCAGUCACACCGCUCACAUUUCCUUUCAACAACGAGCAGCCUGGAAAGAGCAGAUCUCCGUAUCUUUAUGCUGUCAACAGUACUGACGAAUGGAUCGCUGCGCUCAGUGAUGAGAUUGCGAAUAUAACCACGCAGGUCUGGAACUCGACAAUAUUAGAAGGCGGUGUUGCUCCACGUCUCGGCAAUGUCUUUUAUGAAGAGGACGGCACUCAAUCAGUGUGGAUAACGCUAUACGGACCAUCGCCUUCAGGCUUUGAUAGUACUACUCUGCUGCCUCUCGGUGUCUUCUUCCAAGUACACCUGGCUGGUCCGCGAUGGCAAGACUGGAAAGUGACCAACUGGUACUACCGCGGCGAAUAUUAUGAGAGCACAAAAGAUAUUGAAGAUGCAGUCUAUGCGUCGACGUUCGAAAAGCCAGUUCCCAACGUCGACGGUGCCUGGACAUCGACUGACAAGCAAGGCGAGCUACCAUUGGACGACCUGCCUCCUCCAAUCACAGUGUCAGAGGGUAGCAGACGAUUCAGCAUGGACACGAAAGAAGAAUUUGUCUCGUGGAUGGAUUUCAAGUUCUACAUGGCAACUUCACCUGAGCUGGGCCUUGCUUUGUUCGAUGUACACUUUCAGGAUCAGCGCAUCAUCUACGAGCUUGCACUGCAGGAAGCACUGGCUCAUUAUGCCGGAUCAGACCCUGUACUUUCCGAGACACUUUACUUUGACUCUUUUGGAGGGAUGGGCAACUCAAUGAUAUCGCUUGUGAAAGACGUUGACUCUGACAACUAUGACAGGGUACCAAAUGCCAUCUGUCUCUUCGAAGCCGACACGAACUAUCCCAUUCGAAGACAUUUCGCGUUUGCGCAGAACUACACUAGCGUUGCCAGAAACGUCGUUUUCACAGUUCGUUGGAUCGCCACUGUCGGCAACUACGACUACCUCUUCGAUUACAGCUUUUUCUAUGAUGGCUCCAUAGAGGUUUCUGUCCGUGCAUCAGGUUACAUAUCAGCCGCGUACUUCGCGGAGAACGAUGACUACGGUUUCAGGAUCCACGAUUCCCUCUCUGGAGCCCUUCACGACCACGUCAUGACAUUCAAGGUGGAUUUAGACAUCCUUGGAACAUCUAAUAGUGUCCAGAAAGUGGAAGUGGUACCAGCGACAGUUGAGUAUCCUUGGUCGGGAGGGAAAGCUCGAAAGACGAUGAAGCUGGAGAAGAGUUUCAUUACCAAAGAAGAAGAGUCUGGUAUACCAUGGGCGCCUAAUGAUGCAGCGAUAUACGCCAUUGUUAACAAAGGUUCACCAAACGUUUAUGGAGAGUACCCAGGAUAUAGGGUGAAGCGAGCUGCUGGUGCAACCCAUCUUACCGUGAAGGAUUCAUCGAAUGCUGGUAAAGCUAUCCAUUUCGCGACGGCAGACUUGUUUGUCACAAAGCAAAAAGACUCCGAGCCCAGAGCUGCCGAUUGGGUCAACACCUACGACGUGGACAACCCCCUUGUCGACUUUUCCAAAUUCCUGGACGGCGAAAGCCUAGAGCAGGAAGAUCUGGUCCUUUGGUUCAAUCUGGGAAUGCAUCAUGUCCCACACACUGGCGAUCUUCCAAAUACUCUCAUGACAUCGGCGCACUCUGCUAUGCGCUUAGAACCGAUCAACUACCUCUUGAGCGAUCCGUCGAUACAGACUAGUCAGCAAGUCAAGGUCAAUCAUACUUCGGGAGAGGUCGAGACAUUUGGAGCCCAGACCGCAAACUGCUCGGUCGAUUUGGGCACAUUGAACCAAGUUCUCGUUUGA